AUGACCAACACAGCAACAAUAACCUACCACCCAGUCGAGCUCCUAAUCCGCGACCUCCGGGACUACAUCCACCGCGACCCGGACCGCACGACCGCCUUCCACACAGCCAUAAACACCGCGCUGUACCCGCGCAACGGCGGCGCCCACGAGAUGGCGCGCGAGGGCAUCCGCUCCCUCGACGAUUUCCUCUGUUUCGCCGACGCACUCCUCCGGUGGGUGCCGCGCGUGACCACCACAGGCGACGAGCUCUUGGAUAAGAGUGUCGUCUUUUACUGGGGGAUCUCCAGGGCAAGGGAGGUGGUCGGCGGCGGCGGCUUUGUGCAUGCUUGUCUCAGGCCAGCGGAAUAUCAUCGACAGCGUACCCCCGUCUCCGGGAGGAUUGUGCAAGUGAGGAACAUUCAGGAUCAGGUGUAUUUGCAGAUCGCGAAGAAGAAGGAAGGGCGGGGCCUGCAGCCGGAUCGCGGACUGCGGAGGGAUGCCAAGGAGGAGGUGAGACGCGACAGGAUGCCGUGUAGGGGCCCGCAGAUCCUGGAUGCCCCGGACAAGACAAUGCGGGCUGUCAAUAGUAUCUCGUCGGUGGUGAUGACCGUGCAUGAGGGCCAAUGGGUGAGGAAAGGAGAUGAGAUCUCAUAUUUCCAGUUUGGGGGAUUGGACGUGGUCAUGGUCUUUGAAAACCCGGUUCGAUUCAGGGAGGAUUUGCUGCCGGGGGUUUCUUGUCUAAAUGUUCGAGAGGAGCUGGCGGUUCUUAAGUGA